GUGCAAGUUAGUUUAACUUUGUCUGACUGUCUUAAGACCAACUGACUGGUACAGAGCAAAGGCGACUAAGAAUGGCAGCCUCUCCAAGAACCUCCAUUGGCUUCGAGGUCCUUCUUUCUGCUCUUAAGAAUGAACGGGAUGUGGCGAGCACCUUAAACAUCCUCAAUGUCUUGGAUGAACUUCUGUCAGCUGGUACAGAUCGUCGUAUCCACUAUUUGAUAAGUAAAGGUGGCAGCGAGGCCUUGCUGUCUGUGUUGGUCAACACUGGCUUCAGUUUCUGUCCCAAUUACACUGUCCUGCUGCCACUGCUGCACCUGCUGGCUAAAGUUGGACACAGAGAUAGUCGUAUUGGUGUGAAGGCAGAGGAGACUGGAGCUGUGCUGCUGACUCUGAAUCUGCUAAAACACAAUGCCAAACAUGUCAAGAUGGCUGCUGCCUGUCUCUGGGUCAUCCAAGUGUUUUCUUCAUCAGUUUCUGCAGCCAACCUAAUAGGAGAAAACCAUGGACUGGAUGUCAUCUUCCACCUCAUCCCUCAGUAUACCACCAAAAAUCUGCACAUCAUCAAGGCAGCAAUUAAUGCCUUUGCGGCCCUGCUGUGCUCAAAGGAUAACGUUUGUUCUGUGAUAUCAAAGGGUUACAUCUCUGGCCUAUUGCAACUUUACGAGGACUGGCACAGCAGAGAUACUGAACAAACUGCCAUAGAAAUCCAGCUCAUGCUGCUGCGCUGCCUCCAUAAGGUCACCCACAACAAUCCUGGCAGACAGACUUUCAUAUCCCAGGGAGGACUCAGACUGCUGUAUCACACCUCACAGACAGAUUUGUUGACGAAAGGUCUGGAGUCUCUGAUUGAGCCCUCUGUGCAGUUGAUGAGGAAGUGUCUCCCCAAAACGCCUCUACCACUGACAUCAGAUCAGUCUGCAUAUACCUUCCUCAUGCCAGGAAGUGUGCAUACCGUCCCUGAUGUAGACAUUUUACCAGAUAACAGCAGUGAGGAGAGUGACGAUGAUAACACUGACAAGCAACAGGCAGAGAGCAAAGAUUAUGAUGAUGACUUGGAGACAGACCUGAACAGACUAUGUCUCCGUCCGGACCUAGACAGACCUAUAGAGCUACUGCCACAGUAUGGCCACCUGUGUCCUGAACUGUCACAUGACUUUAAGGAACUGAAUCUUAGUUCAGAGCCAGAGGAGAGUUCACCAUCAUCAGAUGAGGAAGCUUUGCUGCUCAACACUUUCUCCCCUCACUCCACCAGGAUGGACAGAAAGAAGGGUGAUUCCAACAAUGAGUUGUCCACUUCCUCUUCAGGCUCUCAGUCAGAGACAGAAACCUCCACAAAGGAAAACACAACAGCUGCUGCUCAGUUAGAGACCCCUGACUUUCUCUGUCACAGCAGCAUCCUUGGCUGUAGGACUACAGGUAGAGAGCUGAGGGGAGACGCCGCCCAAGGUCUUAAAGAAAAUGAACAAGUUGAAGAGCAGGAGGGAGGAGAAGAGUUUCCCCAUUGUACCAUGAUAGACAAGUUAUUGAAGACACAUGGAGCCUGUAUUCCACACCAUGAACCCCAGCUGUAUCGUGCUGUAGCCACUCAAACCAAGUCUAUUCCAGGGUUCAGCAUCCUACCUUUCCCUGAUUUCUGGGGUCAUAUCCCUCCAGCAAGGCAUGAACCCAUGGUCCCUCGCAAACCCAACAUACAGAGGCAGAAAGUGUUUGAAGAUGUCCAACGUUUCUUGAAUACUGCUGACAUCAUCAACCAGGUAGUCUAUGACCUAGAAGACAGCAGCCUUGAGUGUCUGUCAGAUUCUCUGAGGUUUUUCUCUAACUUUGAGUGUGGGAACUUGAGGAAGGCUGUUCAUAUCCGCAGAUAUGAAUAUGAUCUCAUAUUGAAUGCAGAUGCCAACUGCUCCCAGCACACCCAAUGGUUUUACUUUGAAGUCAGUAAUAUGGUGGAAGGUGUCCCCUAUCGUUUUAAUGUCAUCAACUGUGAGAAGAGCAACAGCCAAUUCAACUAUGGAAUGCAGCCAGUGCUGUACUCAGUAAGGGAAGCUCUGGAAGGCAGACCACAUUGGACAAGGACCGGAACUGAAAUUUGUUAUUUCAGAAACCACUUUUGUCCAGCUCAAGGAAGACGAAAAACAAACUUUUAUACUCUGACAUUUACCAUCAACUUCAAACACAACGAGGAUGUCUGCUAUCUGGCCUACCAUUAUCCCUACACAUACUCUGCCAUGAAGGCUCAUCUGAAUGUGCUGCAAAAAUCCGUGGACCCUGCCAUUGUGUUUUUCCGGCAGCAGAUUCUUUGUAGCACUUUGGCCGGAAACCUCUGUCCAGUGGUCACCAUCACUGCCUGUCCUACCAGCAGGGCCUGGAAAGACAUGCACCAGCUCCGUAAUCGUCCCUGUAUCGUGCUGACAAGCCGUGUUCAUCCUGGUGAAUCCAAUGCCAGCUGGGUUAUGAAGGGGACCCUUGAGUUUCUGUGCAGCAGUGACCUGGUGGCUCAGUGUCUGAGGGAAGCCUUUGUCUUCAAGAUCAUGCCAAUGCUUAACCCGGACGGAGUCAUCAAUGGCACGAAUCGCUGUGAUCUGAACAGUCAAGAUCUGAAUCGUCAGUGGUGUAAACCAGACCCCAUCGUCAGUCCAACCAUUUACCACACAAAAGGCUUCCUCUACUACCUCAACAGUAUAGGGCGAACUCCAUUGGUUUUUUGUGACUACCACGGCCACUCCAGAAAGAAGAAUGUGUUCCUGUAUGGCUGCAGUGUGAAGGAGACUCUCUGGCAGUCUGGAUCUGCAGUUGACACUUUAGGAUUAAAAGAGGACCCUGGAUAUAGGGUGAUGCCAUUCUUAAACAGUUGAGGCAGUCCUAACUCCUAACAGCAGAAGUUAGGAGUUCCUCUCCUUCCCCCCAAUGCAGGGGAGGCUGAACGUCUUGUUACGUGAUUUCCUCAGCAAUCCCUAUCCUGAGCUCUGGGCUUUUUGCCAGAAGCUGCUCAUCUUGUCCCAUGGUCAAGCAUCUGUGGAGAGAGGCUUUUCUGUGAACAAGGAGGUGGAGACAUGCAAUAUGCAGGAGGACACUGUUGUUGCGCAGAAGCUUGUGUGUGACUAUGUGACGCUACACAGAGGUGUUACGAGGGUCCCACUCACUUAGGAGCACCAGAAUUCUGUGGCAUCAGCCAGGUCCAGGUACUGCAUCCACCUGGAUCAAGAGAGAAGGAAGAAAGAUUCGGAAGCACAGGGUCAGAAGAGAAAAUCUUCAGAGGAUUACCUGGAGGACCUGAAAAAGAGAAAGAAAACCAUCCUAUAGUUAUCUGAAGGUCUGGCCAGAGAUGUAGACAGGUGUGCAGAAGAGGCUGAGGGCAAGGCUGGCAAGAAGAUGGCCAAGCUCAUCUCCAGGUCAACUAUUCUGAGAAGGGGCUGCAUGGAGAAGUUGGCUGAGCUUUAGACAAUUGAAAAGGAGAUUGUGGCCAAGGCAGCAGAGUUGAAAAGUUAGAGGUUUUUAUACUGUUGGGGUGGGAUGUUAAAAUUCCUUCUCUGACCAUUUUGUCUGGCCAUGUUUUAUGGAACACACUUUUUCUCAAUGCUGAAACAUUUGUAAAUUUAACUCAUACUUGGUAAUUGUUCGACAAAAAAAAGUGUCUUUAUUGAUAAGAAGGCUCAGUUAUUUCUGAUUAUAUCUGUUACUAUUUUGGACCUGUUUGUCUUCCAACUUCUGUGAGUAAAGAGAUACAGUCCUUGCCUCAGUGCUAGGCCAGCUAGCUGUCGCCUGUAUUCCUUCUAAAACAGGUCUUAAGACACACACACACAGCGUUCUGUGUAUCAUUAGGUUCAGUCAUUAUUCUUAUGUUGAAUGGUUAUAAAUUUAAGUAAUUCUGUGACUUAUUUCUUCUUUUAUAGUAAUUUUCCUUCAUUCUUUUUUGCCAGUAUGGCCGUGAAAUAGGUCUUAAAUUCUAUUCAAAGUAGUUCAAAAGGGUCUUAAAAAGUCUUAAAUUUAACUUGUUGAAACCUGCAGGAACCCUGCAUACUUAGGCUAUGCAGGGGACAAUAAUACCUUUAUCUGUUUUUGGGGCUCAGCUUGACAAAAACUCAGGGAAUUCCGUUACAAAUUCAUAAUAAGCCCAAGGAGCAGGCAAACUACAGCAAAUAUCAUUGGCUGUUGUAAAUUAUUGGAUGGGUGCGGCAGACUAAGAACCAGACUUUCAAAUGAGUUGUAGCUUAGUUUAGGUUUAGGAUUAAUUGAUAGACUGGAAUUAAAAAUAGCAGCACCUCCACCUCCUCGGCAAAAGUCUCGGGGAAUGUGUGUAUUUAUAUGACUGGGAGGAGAAGAUUAAUUUAGGCUGACAUAUUCAUCAGGAUGCAGCCACAUCUCAGUGAGGGACAAUAAAUCAAUAUUGCGAUCAGAGACUAAUUCAGUAAUUAAAACAGCCUUUUAUGACAGUGAUCUUAUUUUGUUUGUUUAGUUGUUGCAGAUGUUGCGUUACUUUUUAUUAGUUUUUUGAGCGGAAUUCUCCCUAUGUUAAUGUUUGAUUUAAAGGACCCAUCACAUGCCUAUUUUACAACAGUUGAUAUGGUUCCUUGGGGUCUUAAUGAAAUGUCUGUAACAUAAAUUGGUCAAAAUACCACAAGGAUAAUUUAAAACAGCACCCUUUUUACCCUGUCUAAAAUAGCCCUCCUCAGAUUGACCUGUUUUGAGUGCGGUUGUCGUUUUGGGUUUAUAGAUUAAGUUAAAUUUCUAGUUAAAAGAGCUGCUCCAUCCCAAGUGGGAUGAUGUACUUCUAGCUAUGCCGAUUGCUUGUUGCUCUUUUGUGAUUUUUGGCUGAGUAGAUUUAAACAGCACAUUUGGCUUGGGAGAUGUGAUGGUUGGACAAGAACAGAGUCACAUGCAGCAGGCAAAACUCAAAGUUCAGAUCAAGUCAUACGUGAAGGAAGUCAACGAUGCAACGGUUACUGGGAAGCCAAAGGCAAAAAUCACAAAACCCCAAAAACAAGUAGAAAGACAAAAAACAAAACAAGGCAGCAAAACUAUUUAUGAAUAGGGCAGUCUCGUACACAAAAACAGGCAAUGGCUGAGGAAUGAAUGUCUGAAAGCUUGAUAUGAAGUACGGAGACAAUCUGUCAGGGAAGUGGUAUGUGAGCAGGUGUAUGUAUACUGGUUGACUAAUGGUGCAGGUGUGGUGAGUGCAGUUGUGUUAAACUGAACAAUCGAUGAAGGUCAAGUUAGCAGUGCAGUGCAAAUUCACACUUUAAAAAGAACUGGUUUAAAGUUCAGUUAAUAAAGAUACAAAUUUAACAGUUAACGUUUAUUUGUUCCAUUUUUUAUUGGGAUGG